AUGGAUCAGGUGCAGAAAUUGGAGCAGCAAAUGAAGGAUAGCAAUAGUUGCUGUCAAGGAAGGUGUCCUACUUGGAGGAAAUAUCGUUUGUGCAGACAAAUGACAAAGAUGAUCGCGGCAACAAAGAAUCUCAAUCAAAGGAGUGAAUUUAAUCCCUUUUCUACCCUCGUCCCAAUACCAGAUGUAGAGUACUUUUCUUCUGGAAAUUUUGUGUAUUUCCAGUCUACAAAGCUGGCUUCAGAUCAAUUGUUGGCUGCUCUCCAAGAUGAUGAUGUUCGUACGAUUGGACUGUAUGGAAUGGGGGGCUGUGGCAAAACAACAUUGGUAAAAGAAGUAGGCAAAGAAGCCAAGAAAUCAAACCUUUUUGAUCUAGUCAUAUUGACAACUGUGUCCCAAACCCUGAAUAUUAGAAAGAUUCAAGAUGAGAUUGCAGAUAUGUCCGGUUUGAAAUUCGAAGAACAAAGUGAUGAAGGAAGAGCUAGACGUUUAUCGAUGAGAUUGAGCAAUGGAGAAAGAAUUCUUGUAAUAUUGGAUGAUGUGUGGGCUAUGUUUGAUUUGAAGAAAGUCGGUAUCCCUCUUGAAGAUUAUCGUGGUUGCAAGAUCCUUCUUACCACUCGACGCCUACCAGUAUGCAAUAUGAUGAAUUGUGAUAGAAAGAUUCCCUUGGAGCUUUUAUCUAAUGAGGAAUCUUGGACAUUGUUCCAAAAACACGCUCGUACUAUUGAUGAAUCAUUGAGUAGUGUGGCACAAGGAAUUGUAAGGGAAUGCAAAGGACUUCCUAUUGCAAUUCAAGCCGUAGGAGCCUCCUUGAAAGGAAAGUCUGUAGCAGAAUGGAAGGAAGCAUUAAAAAGAUUAACGAAUUCAAAACCAAUGGAUGUGGAAGAAGGUGUCAGAGAUGCUUUUUCUUGUCUUCGGUUGAGUUACGAUUAUUUAAGGAACAACGAAGCUAAGUCACUCUUCUUGAAAUGCUGCAUGUAUCCAGAAGACACAUAUAUCUCUAUUGAAAAUUUGUUCAGAAUCAUGAUGGGUUUGGGCAUGUGUGAAGAAUUGGACUCUCUUGAAGAAGCAAGAAACAAAGUGGAUGCAUGUGUAAAUAUUCUUGUGAAUUCUUGUUUGCUAAUGCAUUACGAGGAAUAUGGAGGCCGAUUGAGAAUGCAUGAUGUAGUUCGUGAUGUAGCGUUGUGGAUAUCACGUCAAGAAAAUCGUAAUAUUGUAGUGAAUCUUGAGAAGGAUAUGAAGAUGGCAACAAAUGGGUCUAUAAAAGAUUGUUACGCAUUCACUUUUUGGUGCAAUGAAAAAUCCCAAUUUCCUCCACGAUUAGAUGCUCCAAAACUAGAGAUUUUGCUGCUAAAUGAUGUAGGCGAUGAAUGUGAAUUAUCGAAAGCAAAUUUUGGAGGUAUGGGAUUGCUCAGGGUUUUGCAGAUUGAUUGUCUAUAUGAUGGCAUUGUAAGAUCCCACUUGUUAUCAUUGCCACACUCUAUGAAUUUGCUAACUAAUCUACGAACCCUGCGCUUGCGAUUCCAUCAAUUAGGUGAUGAUUUGUCAUGGGUGUUAGGCCUCAAAAGACUCGAAGUUCUUGACUUGAAAUAUAGUCGGUUUGAGGAUCUGCCACAAGGAUUGGAAGCGUUGAGUAAAUUGAAGCUGUUAGAUUUACAUUAUAUUGGGGAGCAAAGUUUUAAGAUAAUAAAAAGAUGCACACAACUACAAGAGUUAUAUGUUCAGAAAAUCAGAACAACUUUAAGACCUGGUAAAUGUUUAUUGAAAGAUGCUGGUUUUCCUAGAUUGAAGAGAUAUAAACUUCAAAUUAUUAACAAGUAUAGUGAUGGUACAUCCAGUGGUGAUCAUCAACAUUUGAUGCAUUUUCAUUCCAAGGCUUUAUCCUUGGAAGAGUUAAAAAUCUCUGCCUUAAGUCCAUUUAUUAAAGAUCUUUUGCAACAAGCAGAAUUUGUUUGUUUGUAUAGAUGUGAUGUGGGUCCUCCUCUGCUUUGCUUCUUUGAGGAAUUACAAGAACUACAUAUAUCCCAUUGCCCUAAGCUGACAUCGCUGUUUCCACAAUGUGUUGUGAGAGCUAUGCUAUUGUUACAAAAGCUAAAUAUAAAUGGUUGUAGUGAGCUGAAGAAUAUAAUAGAGGAGGAUGGUGAUAGUACUAACAAUGAAAUAAUUUCAGCUUCAAACAAUAGUGUAUAUUUGGUGUUCUCAAAAUUGAAAAGUUUGACCAUAAUUGAUUGUGAUAAGUUAGAAUAUAUAUUCUCGAACUCUUGUGUACGAGGCCUUGAGCAGCUAGAGGAGGUGUGCAUUUCUGGGGCUUCUCAACUAAAAUAUGCUUUCGGUCAACAUGAAGAUGAGCAUCAAGAGGUUCAGAUCAAGACAAUCAAUUAA